GGAGUCUUCAAUAUGUCGUGCUUGCCUGAUACCUUACGAAAAUAUGGUCAAUAUUUUCGAUGCGAAUCACGAAUCCGGGAUUUCCAUUGCAAAGAUGAUUUCUCAGUGCACCGGUUGUAAAGUGGAAAAAGACGAUCUACUACCCAAAACCAUUUGCGCAGCCUGUCUGCAGAAUGCACGGAAUUCAUUCGAUAUUAUUGAAACGUAUGAAAGAAGCCACCACUUCUUUUGCUACUUUAAAGAAUUAAGGGAGGAGGAACGCGAGAAUAAAGGAUCCCAUUGCUCUGAGGAAGAGACAAACGAAGAAGAUAAAUCAAUUGGAGACAAUCGCCAAGAAAAAACACUCGAAAUAGAUCAGAUCGAUUCCGAAGAUAGGAUGGAGAGCUCUGAAGAAGAUUUAGAGAAAAUGGCUUCAGGAAAAAACCCAUUGCAGUGUUUACAAUGCUCAAAGAUUUUAUCAACUAAAUAUAAUCUAAAAAUUCACUUGCGAACUCACACGGGAAAAAGGCCUUUCAAGUGUUCCCACUGUCCAAAGUCUUUUACUCGAUCUGCACAUCUAGAUUUGCACUUGCGAGUCCACACAGGAGAACGACCCUUCAAGUGUUCUCAAUGUCCAAAGUCUUUUAAAUAUUCAUCAAAUCUAACUAAGCACUUGCGAGUCCACACAGGAGAACGACCAUAUAAGUGUUCCCACUGUCCAAAGUCUUUUGCACAAUCUAUAGUUCUAUAUAGGCACUUGCGAGUCCACACAGGAGAACGACCCUUCAAGUGUUCCCAAUGUCCAAAGUCUUUUACAAAUUCUUCACAUCUGUCUAAUCACUUGCGAGUCCACACAGGAGAACGACCCUUCAAGUGUUCUCAAUGUCAAAAGUCUUUUAAAGAUUCAUCAAAUCUAACUAAGCACUUGCGAGUCCACACAGGAGAACGACCCUUCAAGUGUUCUCAAUGUCAAAAGUCUUUUAAAGAUUCAUCAAAUCUAACUAAGCACUUGCGAGUCCACACAGGAGAACGACCACAUUAGUGUUCCCACUGUCCAAAGUCUUUUACUCAAUCUUCACAUCUAGAUUUGCACUUGCGAAUCCACACAGGAGAACGACCCUUCAAAUGUUCUCAAUGUCCAAAGUCUUUUGAUAAUUCUUCAGUUCUGACAAGGCACUUGCACACCCACGCAGAAGAACGACCAUUCAAGUGCUCUCAAUGUCCGAAGUCUUUUGCUCAAUCUUCAUCUCUAAAGUCCCACCUGCGAACCCACACAGGAGAACGUCCGUAUAAGUGUUCCCACUGUCCAAAGUCUUUUACAGAUUCUUCAGCUCUGUCUAAGCACUUGCGAGUCCACACAGGGGAACGACCAUAUAAGUGUUCCCACUGUCCAAAGUCUUUUACUCAAUCUUCACAUCUAGAUUUGCACUUGCGAACCCACACAGGAGAACGACCAUAUAAGUGUUCCCACUGUCCAAAGUCUUUUACAGAUUCUUCAGCUCUGUCUAAGCACUUGCGAGUCCACACAGGGGAACGACCAUAUAAGUGUUCCCACUGUCCAAAGUCUUUUACAAAUUCAUCAAAUCUAACUAAGCACUUGCGAACCCACAGAUGAGAAAAUCCGAUUUCUUAAUUUGGAAAAAUAAAUCUUCUCAAUCGUUAGUUUAACAUACAAAUGUUAUUUA